UGUUCUGGGAGGGAGGGGUCAGGACAUUUGUGCAGAGACCUGAUGGUUUUUUAUGCUUGUACAAGAGAGGAGAUUGCCCAGAGGGGAACAUAAUCUACAUAAUAAAAAAAAUCGGCGCCUGGCCAUAAAACAUGGAAAUCCCAGCCGUGAACCUCAAGGCCAUAGUUCUGGUGCACUGGCUUCUGACCACCUGGGGAUUCAUGGCCUGGCUGCCCUCUUCCUAUGCCUGGGGAAACUUCAGCGUGCUGGGGGUGGGGAUGUGGGCCAUCGCCCAGAGAGACUCUCUUGAUGCUGUGCUGAUGUUCCUGGUUGGGAUGACGAUGACGCUGCUGACUGACGUUGUGCAUUUCGGCGUUUACUAUCCCCUGGCGGAGGGCCUGGCCGAGAGGAGCCGGGACACCUUCCGCUUCAGCGUGGGUAUGGCCAUACUCAGCCUCCUGCUGAAGCCCAUAUCCUGCUUCUUCCUCUACCAGAUGUACCGCGAGAGGGGCGGUGAAUACAACGUCAACUUCGCAGAUCAAAGAAUGAGUCCCACACAGGAAAAUGGCCGAGAGACUGGCAAAACUGGCAGGAAAGCCGAGAAGAGGCCGAGAGAGGCGACGUACAGUGAGCCCUCAGUCGACAGGAGCACUGUUGACAUUAAUGUUUUGGGGUCAAUUGAUGAAAAACUGACCAAACUCGACAUCCUUGACCUGCUCAGAUCAGACACAAUGGAACUGAAGACAAGUGUGGAGUACAGUCACUACUUGAUUGGACAGCUGAAGACAGAAAAUCACAGGACCAAAGGGUUCACGUGGGAAAGAGACAGCUACCAAGCCAUUGAUCCGCAGGACCCGCCCACCAUUUCAGCUAAUCCCUGAGUGGAGCACGUCAGCAACAGGACAGGGGCAAGGCCUCCUAUUGGCUCAAAGAGAGGGCACAGAAAGGGCAAGAAGGAGGACGCACUUGGUUAUGUAUUGUUCUGACCCGCCUUUUGAAAAUAUGACCAAAAGGUCCCUAGUCGGGCACAUACAAAGCGAUAGAAAGUUCCAUGGGAUAAAUGCGGCUCUUUUUUUGCACAGUCAACAUUUAAAAAAAUCUUUAGAUUAUUUUAUCAUAACAGAAUUUACAUCUAUUACAGUUUCCUCUAGGUAUGUCUUUAAAUUACAGUACACAUGCAGUACUGACUCAGCUCUCUGCUUUUAUUUAUUUGUGUCUCCACCGAAUUAAUGUUGCUGACCUGGAUAUCGGUGGGUAUCCAAUAAAAAACUGAAAAAGGUUUUAUUUUUAUUUUUUGGGUGUCAGUCUUUCAAGAGAAAGGCAUCCAUUAUCCAAAAUGCUUUACGCUUGUUUGUGGCUUGCCUUCCACGCUCAGUUGGUAGCACAAUGGUGCUUCUGUGCAUAUCAAACAUGCAGUACCCACAGCGAUCAUUGAUACACUUUGUAAUAUUGCUAACCAUUCCCUUCCUAUAAAUUUCACCUCAGAAUGUCCCGAAGCCUAUCCCUCCCCUGUAAAUGUAGAAGUUAGAUAUGAGCUGUGGAGCUACCAAAAGCAAAGCACAGAGAAAAAAAUCCUUCAUGAGUGGGAACUAAUGCGUGGCUAAUAGCGUAUCUCGCAGUACAGAAUGGCUAAGAAAUGCCAUGAUGCAUUUUAAAUGUCUCCAUUGUGCAUAUGUUCUGUAUGUUGAGGAGUGGUAUUCACUUGUAAAAAAAAAAAAAAGAAAAGAUGGAGGCAAUGCUGGGAGUACCUCAUACCUUGUUAUGAUUGUUUUUUUUUCCCUUUGUGUAUUUCUAGAAUUGCUGCUCAGGUUGUAUUCACAAUAGAGGCUACAGAGACCUACGGAAGAGAUAGCUCUUCAUGUACUUCAAUGACAGCAUUGUGGCUGCAUUUAUGUGUUGUUGGGAGGGGGUGAUGCAGCAUUAAACUAAAAACACAUGACUGACUUAAAUCCCCUCCCCCACCCCCUGCUGCAACAAAGCCAGUCAAGUCCCACCACUGUAGAAACAUAGUCAUAGCCAGUGAUGAUAUAGUGUUGAUUUGGAUGUACAACAUCCAGGCUGUUGUGCCCACGGCACUCAGAAAGAACACCUUUAUCCACCCCCUGCGUCUUCCAUGGCCUUUUGAAUCUCUGUAUGAAACAGAGUUUAUGUAGCAAACUGCUUACUUAUGAAGGCCUGAUUGAAAUGCAUAGUUGACUUAUUAGAGAAAUGGGUUGACUGUCUUGCUAAUGCAAGAUAAUGAAGCCCUGAAAGAAUUUUGUGGCAGUCCACCACCCAGUCAAACCUUAUCUGUCUGACACAGAUGUGGCGAAGCCAGGCUGUUGUACACCUCCCUGAUGUCCACUCUGUACUCAUUUUCAGUUGUUUGCAUUAUGUUUUGUUGGCAUGUUCUGCUAAAUGUAUACACCUAGGUUUGCCAUGGGAGACAUUCCUGGCUUUUGCAGUAGGAGGUGGUGUGUUCUCGUUCCUGUGUUUAGUGGUUGUAGGGGGUAUCAACCCACUUGGUCUGGACCUUCUUAAUUCCAAAUGCACUUGUAUUUUCUGUUCUUAUUCAAGCAGUUAUUUGUUCUCUUUUUAACCUGAAUGAUGAUUCAGGUUUCCAUAGGAACUGCACGCCCUCUGUGGGGAAAGGAACCACGCCGUUCAGUUGCAACACAGUUAAAAGAACGGACUUUGAGUUGCGCACACAAAAAGACUUCUUUUCUGGGAAUGCUCUGGUGGUCAGGAAUUACCAG